AAGUCCAGCGGCCAUGGCUCACGGGCCCAGCCGCUCCGCGGCAUGUGGGAUCCUCCUGGACUGGGGCGUGAACCCGUGUCCCCUGCAUCGGCAGGUGGACUCUCAACCACUGUGCCACCAGGGAAGUCCCUAUUGCCAUGGACAGCAACCACCAAAGUAGUUACAAACUCAGUAAAACUGAGAAGAAGUUCUUAAGGAAACAGAUUAAAGCCAGGCAUACUUUGCUGAGACAUGAAGGCAUUGAGACAGUAUCCUAUGCUACUCAGAGCCUGAUUGUUGCCAAUGGUGGUUUGGGUAACCGAGUGAGUAGGAACCAACUGCUCCUGGUGUUAGAGAAGUGUGGAUUGGUGGAUGCUCUCUUAAUGCCACCUAAUAAGCCCUACUCAUUUGUAAGAUACAAAACUGUAGAAGAAUCCAAGAAAGCCUAUGAUACUCUCAAUGGAAAAGAAAUAGUGGAUGACUUAGGACAAAAGAUUAUUCUGUACUUGAAUUUUGUGGAAAAAGCACAGUGGAAAGAGUUGGGGCUUCAAGCCUUGCCUCCAGGCCUCAUGGUAAUAGAAGACAUUAUUUCUUCUGAGGAUGAGAAAAUGCUUUUGGAAAGUGUUAACUGGACAGAAGAUACAGACAAUCAAAAUUUUCAAAAAUCCUUAAAACACAGAAGAGUAAAGCAUUUUGGCUAUGAAUUCCACUAUGAGAACAACCAUGUAGAUAAAGAUAAGCCAUUACCUGGGGGUCUUCCGGACAUUUGUGAUAGCAUUUUGGAGAAAUGGUUGAAGGAAGGUUUCAUUAAACAUAAACCUGAUCAACUGACUGUUAACCAGUAUGAACCUGGGCAUGGAAUUCCUGCUCAUAUUGACACACAUUCUGCGUUUGAGGAUGAGAUCGUUUCUCUCAGUUUGGGGUCAGAGAUUGUCAUGGAUUUUAAGCACCCAGGUGGUGUCACAGUGCCUGUUAUGCUGCCUUGUAGGAGUUUGCUGGUGAUGACAGGAGAAUCUAGAUACCUUUGGACCCAUGGCAUCACACCCAGAAAAUUUGAUACUGUUCAAGCGUCCAGGGGUCACAAAAGUGGAAUUAUCACUGGAGAUGUUGAAGACUUAACUUUAAGCAAGAGGGGAAUACGGACAUCAUUUACCUUUAGGAAAGUGAGGCAAACACCUUGUAAUUGUAGUUACCCUUUGGUCUGUGACAGCCAGAUGAAGGAGACUUCCACAUCAUUUCCAGAGAGUGAUAAAGAAGCCUCACAACUGGAGCAAGAAUAUGUCCAUCAAGUUUACGAAGAAAUUGCUAGACACUUUAGCAGCACGAGACAUACCCCUUGGCCACACAUCGUGGAGUUUUUGAAAGCUUUGCCAAGUGGUUCAUUAGUUGCUGAUAUUGGAUGUGGAAAUGGAAAAUAUCUUGGCAUCAAUAAGGAGUUAUAUAUGAUUGGCUGUGAUCGUAGCCAAAACCUUGUGGACAUUUGUAGAGAGAAGCAUUAUCAGGCCUUUGUCUGUGAUGCUUUGGCAGUACCAGUCCGCAGUGGGUCUUGUGAUGCUUGCAUCUCCAUUGCUGUUAUUCACCAUUUUGCUACAGCAGAGCGUAGAGUGGCAGCUCUCCAAGAACUUGUUCGACUCCUAAGACCUGGUGGGAAGGCACUCAUCUAUGUUUGGGCAAUGGAACAAGAAUAUAAUAAUAAUAAGUCCAAGUAUCUUAGAGAAAACAGAAUUAGCCAAGAAAAGAAAGAGGAAAUCAGCAAUGAUACAUCAGUGCAAGAGUUGCUUGUGAAGCAGAUGCCUGAUGUGGGCAAUCACGAUUCAGCACCUUCUGUUCCCUCCAUUAAUGACUUUCAGGAUAGAGGAUAUAAUUCAAGGAAAGUUACUAAUUCCAAGUUGCCUAUUCACACUAAUAGGACUUCUUUUCAUUCUCAAGACUUACUGGUUCCCUGGCACCUUAAGGAAAAUCCUGGUAAGGGCAAGUCUGUUGAGCCAUUUGGACCAUUAGGAUCCCAUGACCCAGGUCCUGUGUUUCAUCGUUACUACCAUGUGUUCUGUGAGGGAGAAAUGGAAGCUGCCUGCCAGACUUUGAGUAAUAUCAGCAUACUGCAAAGCUACUAUGAUCAGGGGAACUGGUGUGUGAUUCUUCAAAAGGUCUGAUCAUCUCUAUGAACAUAUAUACAGUGAAUAAAUGUUCAGCUUUUUUUAAAAAAAAGGAGAUUAAAUUACCUGUAUUAUUAGUUAAAGAGAAACCGUGAGGAAAAGUAUCAAAGGAGAGUGCCUGAGAGAAAUUGUAAGUAGAGAUUAGUUAGGAAAUAUUCGAUCUUCUACUAUUGCUGACAUCAUUUAAUCCAUAAAUGUAGGCUUCUCCUAUAGGGAGUAACAGGGAUGGUUUUUAAAAGUGAUUGAAGUAGUUUGUGAAAUAUUUGGGAUCCUAGGGUAAGAGCACAGCAUUUUAAAGAUAAACUUUUGUUAUAAAGUGUUACUAAAUGAACUAAAUCGUAUAGAAUCUUAGUGAAGUAAUCACAUAACAUUUUAUCAAUAAUAAAGAAAAUAUUCCUGUUCAGUAGAAAA